UAGGCAACCCUUCUGAAAAACCACCGACUCUAGCUGACUCAUCGACUAACACCGUACAUACUGCUAACGAACAUCCCAUCCUAGAAGUCCCAAUUACAGACGAACCCCUUAAUAAGUUUCACCGACAAAUCCGUUUCACUGUAGUUAGUGACGUUAAACGUAAACCGGUAAUGACUAAGCCAUUCGACACUCACACGAGUGUAGCUGUUCAAUUGUCCGAAUCAAAUCUAGAGAACGAUGUAGUUAACGCUAUAAAAGAAUAUGUCAACCCUAAAGUCAAAACCGCAAUCUUAAUAAAUCCACCCUUAGCCAUGUACUCUAUCAUCCCGAUCAUCCAGGACAAGUUCAAAAGUUCUUCUAUGAACCUUGUUUUAUCCAAGGUUGAACUGGAGAACGUCAAGGAAUAUCUUCGCCAACAAGAUAUAAUUCGCCAUUACCAUGACGAGGUAUCACUAUCCAGAGAAGCCAUGGAGAAGCUCGAUGACCAGCACUACGUCGUGUCCUUCCCACAACCCACGAAAGUACGCCUAACCUGCGGAAGAGAAGACAUCAACUCACUGCAGGGAAGUUAUCUCGCUACUAUCCCCGUCAACUGCUACCUGCGAACACCGGAGUUCACUAUUACCAAUGAUAACGAUGAGAUAAAAGGCCAGCCUCUGAAACUUAUGAAGAUACCAUAUGAUGAAGAAAAACGCCCUACCACUACAUCUCAUAUUAAUCUCCACUCUAUUAAUCUCAAGGGAUUGCAUGAGAUAGAAGAUAGGAUCAUGAUGGAGGCUCCUCUUCAACUGGAACGAGCGCAACCAAACGCCCUGUAUCACACCACCAUACCCUUCUACAUCGUGAUAUUAAGUGCAGGCGCACUCACCCUCUACAUCGUGUUACGUCGCUACCGGCUAUGGCAUCAUAAGACGAUUGAGGAUCCAGCAUCGCCAGCCCCUGGACGACAUAUUUAUGAAAAACCUGGAAAUAAGAAACAACUUCAAACCCUGGAGAACGUCCCCGCAACAUUUUCACUGAACGUGCUAAAAUAGUUGCUCAUCUU